AUGGGAUCCCAAAAGCCGCGGAUCCUGCCUUGGCUGGUGUCUCAGCUGGACGAGGGGCGGCUGGAGGGCGUGGCUUGGCUGGGCCCGAGCCGCAGGCGCUUCCGCAUCCCCUGGAAGCACGGUUUGCGGCAGGAUGCCCAGCAGGAGGACUUUGGCAUCUUCCAGGCCUGGGCAGAGGCCAGCGGUGCCUACACUCCUGGGAGAGAUAAGCCCGACCUGCCGACCUGGAAGAGGAAUUUCAGGUCCGCCCUGAACAGGAAGGAAGGGUUGCGUUUAGCCGAGGAUCGGAGCAAGGACCCCCACGACCCGCACAAGGUCUACGAGUUUGUGAACUCAGCAGCUGGCGACUUCCCUGAGCCAGGGGCUUCUCCAGACACCGAUGGCAGGUUCGGUACCUCUGACACCCAGGAAAGCAUUCUGGAGUUAGUGAAUGGCAUGAACUUGGGGCCGAUUCCAGAUGAGGGGGCCUCGAGUCUGGCUGUAACCCCUGAAUACCGCCCUCAGCUCUUGCUGAGCCCCAACUCGGACAUUCCUGCUCCCUGCCCAACCCCGGGACCCCCUGAAAACCCACUGAAGCAGCUGCUGGUGCUCGAGGAAGACUGGGAGUUCGAGGUGACCGCCUUCUACCGGGGCCGCCAGGUGUUCCAGCAGACCGUCUUCUGCCCCGGGGCCCUGCGGCUGGUGGGGCCCGAAGGCGGGGACAGGACACUGCCCGGGCAGCCGAUCACGCUGCCGGACCCCGAGGCGCUCCUGGCGGACAGGGUGGUGAAGGGCUACGUGAGCCGCGUGCUGAGCAGCCUGGCGGGGGGGCUCGCCCUGUGGAGGGCCGGGCAGGGGCUCUGCGCCCAGAGGCUGGGCCACUGCCACGCGUACUGGGCCGUGGGCGAGGAGCUGCUCCCCGACAGCGGCCGCGGGCCCGACGGCGAGGUCCCCAAGGAGACGGAAGGGAGCGUGUUCAACCUGGGGCCGUUUGUGACCGAUCUGAUCGCCUUCAUCGAAGGAAGCAAACGCUCACCGCGCUACACCUUUUGGUUCUGCAUGGGGGAGUCAUGGCCCCAGGACCAGCCGUGGACCAAGAAGCUAGUGAUGGUCAAGGUUGUUCCCACGUGCCUCCGGGCCCUGGUGGAAAUGGCGCGGGUAGGGGGUGCCUCCUCGCUGGAGAACACCUCGCUGGACCUGCACAUCUCCAACAGCCAGCCCCUCUCUCUCACGUCGGAGCAGUACAAGGCCUACCUGCAGGACCUGGUGGAGGACAUGGAUUUCUAG